AUGGACAGACCAAAGAGCCCGGAUUCCCUCCCUUCUUCGAGGGAUGGGAAAUCCGACAAGCAGGAAAGCAGCAGUCGGCGCGCAAAAAUUUUUGCUGAAAUAAGGUCGCUGCUUCCCUUUUUCAAUAGCAACAAGACGGAAAUCUCCAAAAAGAGGAAAAUAUUCCGGUAUGUAACUAUCGCAAUGGUGGUCCUGGGCAUUCUCGCAAUCGCGUUAGGGUUCGGCCUGUCCGCGCUCGCCGCCAAGAAUAGUCGCAGCGAGCACGACAACAUUGUGCAGUUGGAUUAUGCCUCGUACAGAGGCUAUAAGCAGGACGGUGGCGUUUCGUACUGGAAGGGAAUGCGAUAUGCGGCGCCGCCAACGGGCAGUCUGAGAUUUGCUGGGCCACAGGAUCCGCAGGUUCAGUCUGAUGUUCAGGAUGCUACUGCGCAUGGUAGCUUGUGCAUCUCGACGGGCGUUUAUCCCAUCCCCAGUAACCAGUCUGAAGAUUGUCUGUAUGUAGACGUCUAUGCGCCGACGAAUGCGACAAACGCUACAACUCUGCCGGUGUUUGUCUGGAUUCAAGGCGGCGGAUACAAUGCAUUGACGAACGCCAAUUACGACGGGACCGGAUUGAUUGAAGCAUCUGAUUUUAACAUUGUGGUUGUCACCUUCAACUAUCGCGUGGGCCCGUAUGGGUUCCUGGCUUCGCAGGAAGUCGAGCGGAGUGGCUCUUUGAACAGUGGACUCAAGGACAUGAUCAAGUUGCUGCAGUGGGUUCAAAAAUACAUUGUCCAGUUCGGCGGUGAUCCAAACCACGUUACCAUCGGCGGCGACAGCGCAGGCGCAGGCGCCAUCACACUCCUUCUUUCAGCAUACGAUGGCAGCAACCAACUAGACAGUCUUUUCCACGCCGCUAUCGCCGAAUCGCAAUCCUUCGGCCCUCAAUUGACGGUCUCUGAAUCUCAGUUUCAGUUCGACAAUCUGACCGAGCGCACCGGUUGCGCCGACAGUACUCACCCAUUAAAAUGUCUACGAAACCUAGACAUCAACACCUUGCAACAAGAGAAUAUCGAAAUUCCAUAUCCAUCUGGUGUCUUACCACCAUUAUACCCCUACGGCCCCACGAUCGACAACGAUCUCGUAUCAAACUAUACCUUCACCCUCUUCGGAGCAGACAAAUUCACCAAAAUCCCCGUCAUAUUCGGCGACGAUACCAAUGAAGGCACCGUCUUUACCCCCCACAACACAUCCAGCGUCGCACGUGCCGAUGAGUUUCUCUCUGACAACUUCCCCUUCCUCAAUGAAACCGAACUCUCAACCAUAAAUUCCAUGUACAUGUCCUCACCCGACGACCCCGUCUACCCUCAUGCAGGCGACUACUGGCAAGGCGUCUCUAACGCCUACGGCGAAAUGCGCUACAUCUGCCCUGGCAUCUACCUCACAGACGCAUACACAAACGCCUCAACGACACGCAACACAACCUGGAAUUAUCAUUAUGCUGUCCUGGAUAACAACGCCAACACCACGGGCUUCGGCACACAACACACAAUCGAAGUGAACGCAAUCUGGGGACCGGAUUAUGUAUCUGCAAACUCUGCGCCGAAAUCGUACUCGACGACGACGAAUGAGGAGAUUGUCCCGCUUAUGCAGGGUUAUUGGACUAGUUUUAUACGCUCGUAUAACCCCAAUACGUACCGUGCGGCGGGUGCGCCGGAGUGGAAUGUUUGGGGGGAGGGGGAGAGGCUGUUCAUAAGGACGAAUGAGACGCAUAUGGAGUCUGUGCCGAGUGAACAGGUGAUUAGAUGCAAGACGUUGGCGGGGAUGGCGGUUUGGAAUCAUCAAUAA